UAACCAGUAUGCAUACCCUGUUGAUGAGAGAACACAACCGUAUUGCCAGGACUCAUACUCAAGUACAACCCAUAUUGGAACGAUGAGAAAAUAUUUCAAGAAAGUAGAAAGAUCUUAGGUGCAAUGGCUCAGAAAAUAACCUACAGCGAUUGGUUGAAAAUCGUCCUUGAUCCUGGCACUCGAAGGACACAUGGGCUUGACUCUCCAAGACAAGGGUUUGACAAUGUCUAUAAUCCAAGUAUCGACCCCAGUAUUCGGAAUGUAUUUAGUGCUGCAGCCUUUCGGUUCGGACACACCCUUGUACGUACAUUCUUCAGCCGACGUCGCCCGAACUACUCAGUCAACAUCAUUCACAGACUGAGUGACCUAUUUGGCAAGACCAAAAUCAUAAGGGACUCCAAAGGAAAUGCUGUGCAUGAAUUCUUACGCGGUCAACUUGUCGACACUGCUGGCAGGUUUGACCGGUUCAUAUCCCCUUCCUUGACCAACGAGUUGUUCAAGAGCGCAACAAACAGUUUUGAUCUGGCAGCGUUCAACAUCCAGCGUGGGAGGGAUCAUGGCACACAGUCGUAUAACGCCUGGAGACAGUUCUGUGGACUUCCAAAGGCCAAUUUCUUCAGGAGAGGUCUCGGAGGCUUCUCGGACCACGAUGAAGAUGCUGUGGACCAGUUGACUCGAGCCUAUGCUGGCCUGAGUCCGGAUGACGUUGAGAUCUUCCCUGCGGGUAUAUCGGAGAGACCGGUGCCCGGUGGCGUCCUCGGCCCAACCUUAAGCUGCAUCAUCGCGAAACAAUUUGAGUUGAUAAAGAAAGGCGACCGUUUCUGGCACGAGCUGGGAAAUCCGGUGACGGGUUUCACACCAGCCCAGCUGGCUGAGAUCCGGAAGGCCAGCCUGUCCAGGAUCAUCUGUGACAACACGGACACCUUCUUUAUACAACAAAAUGCCUUCAAGAAAGCAUCACAUUAUUAUGGGAACUCCUACCAGUCCUGUUACAAUCUCCCGAGCGUGGACCUGAGCAAGUGGUCAGUGUAUUACGCCGCUAAAUAGAUUCCCCAUCUUCCCCAGCCCCCCUGCCUAGCCUCCCCGAGUCAAGUGGUGUGCUGAGUUCAAAACAUGGGCCACGAGCUGAGAAUCCGCAAUGGCAUGCCGUUACUCAGAAUGUAACGGAGAACACCUGUGUACAUGAAAUAAACACCUUUAAAACUAAAACCUCGAGUCCAUCUAGUGGACUCACAUUUUACUGUUAUGGGUUCAUUUGCAAAUUGAAACGCAAAUCUAACCCAGAAAUGGGAUGGUUACAAAACUAAAUUGGGAAAUGGCCACACACGAUCAAUGAAUAAUUAGCACACUUGUAUUGAAACAUACUGUUGGUUUACAAAGGCAAUACAAUGGAUCAAAUACGUUGCAGCAGCAAUAAGUAACAGGCCCUACAAAACACAUCAGUACACUCACGAUUAUCCAGAAGGUUUGGUUUGGUUUGGUUUGUUUGUUGUUUAACGCCGCACUCAGCAAUAUUCCAGCUAUAUGACGGCGGUCCGUAGAUAAUCGAGUCUGGACCAGACAAUCCAG